CUAGAGGAUCAAGUACCCAAGCGCUUUCAUUCCCCUCCUUAGGGCGGGAUCAGACCGGAAGUUGGUUUGGGUACUUCAUCGGAACAACAGCGUACCGGUAUAGCAAAUUUGUUGUUCUCCAGCCAUCUCCAGCUCCUGCUUUCAAGUUCAACUGCCAAGCCUCAUUUGACAAACAGCUGCUCAGGUCAACGCACAGCAGGCGCUUGUACUAGUAGCUAGGUGCUUGUUUGAAUUGUUUCGGUGGCGCAAGGGCUUUGAUUGUCUCCGAUUCUGUUAUAGAACGAGACAGUGUGUUUCUGCCAGCAAAGCCAUCAUGCCUCCGAAGGGUUCCAGCAGCCAGGCAUCGUCUUUGGUCCGAAGGGGGAGCGGAGCAGCGACCGCUGCGCCGCCAGCGGGGACGCUUGCAAGCAGACCAUCGGGAGGUGCUAAGGGUCCGCGGAGGCGGUCAGGUUAUGGAGGGGCAGUCAGCAGCAGUUUGAUGCGCUUUUACACAGAUGAUGCACCUGGACUGAAGAUCAGCCCCACUGUGGUUCUGGUAAUGAGUGUAGCAUUCAUUGGGUUCGUCACACUUCUCCAUGUAUUUGGGAAGCUGUAUGCAUAUAGAAAGGGCGCCUAAGCUAAAGUUUUUGAGCGUCGAAAGCUUACUCGCUUGUUUUUGAUACGAAGUUGACGAGGUUUCGCUCUUUGAGAACGGAAGUUCGAACAUCAGUGUUUACUGUGGAAAGGGGCGUCGUCAUGUGCUUCCAAUGGGGCCCGUGAUGUAAUCACGGUUUCUUGGUACAACUUUCUUGUGGCAGGUUGCGACAUCUUAUAAGGUUGCAGGUUGCAAAUCCGCUUUCAGGAGAGUUUAUGUGUCAGCUAGAUACAUUCACAAGUUGCAUGGCCUACUCACAAUUUAUAUGUUCAUGUCUAGGGCCAGGUUGGCCCCAGGGGGCAGGUCUUAAAUGCUCUUUUUAUACACGCCGUAG